UCUUUUCUUCUGUUCUCCCAAAUGUGGAGUGAGAUCGUGUUGUCCCAUUGCCUUACAAUGGAACUGUUCGAGCUUGUAAUUCACAGCUUUCGCCAGCAGAGGGCGCCACACUGGAGACUGCAGGCUGUGAAUCGUGACUGCCUGUGCCAUCGUUGUUGUUGCAGUGUGCCCCGCCAACAAAGCACAGACUCAAAAGAUAAAUUGACAAGAACACCCUCAUCGGAUUUAUAGUUUCAAUGUAAUCAUUUUUAAACGUAUUCUUUUUUUCUUUUGCAUAUAUUUUGUGCUAUUUUAUGUUUCUAUAGUCAAAUGUUUCUUUGGUUCCAGCAAGAUAGUGUAAAAUCUAUUGAAAUAAAUAAAUAAAAUCAAAGAAAUGUUUGUUCUGGAUCUCUUCUUGGUGUCACGUGACGGUCUUGUUUGUGUUGUGUGGAACUGAACUGGGCCCUCUUGAAGGACCCCUGUUGGUCCCUGAAGUCCACUUUGGGAACCACCCUAAAAGUAAAUAAACCCAGCGAGUAGGUUCUAGGCCUGAUGACAAGAUGAUGCUGCUUCCAUUAAAGUAGGUCUCUGCCCUCUGUGAAGUGUCCACAGAUGGACGUAAUGAUAAGGCCUUGGACUGGGACCAGCCAAUCUUUCAUUUGUUGGUUCCCAUGUCAUUUCCUGUUGCUGCAGUGGAACAUUUUUAGAGUAAAGUAAAGUGAGGGUGAUAUGAGGGGUUAAUAAUACCACUCUAUUCAUGGCCAUAGUGUAGUUAGUAUACUAGCUAAGGGAGACCCUACUACCUGCAAGGUGUGAGUCAUGUGACGAAGGCGUCGGGGGGGGGGGGCUAGUCAUGUCUAACCUUCAUAAUAUAAAAUAUUACAUUUAAUGACAAUCAGCAUGGGGCCAGAUAAAGCCAAGAGCAGUGGACACACACUUAAACACUGCUGGUAUGCACGCUUCAGAAAAUUCCUCUGAGACUUGUCGGGAGCAGCUCGUCCCGUCAUCUGAUUGGUGCUUAGCCCGGUUUCCCAGCAGGACUCCAUGACAACAGUGUCACCAUCGGUCCAUCUAGAAAAAGCCCCGAAAUAACGUGUUUAUAUUCCAGCGACUAAGCCCCUUAUAGAGCCACCACGUCCGGUACGUGGGACAGGCUUUUCAGUUUCCUCCCACAAUGUCGACCGGGAUUGUUUUUGUCCCUGAAUCUCACCAACCUUUAACAAAAACACAUUUUUGCAACAGAGAUUUGUAACAAUUAUGACAGGCGCUGAGCAAUGCAGGUGCCUGAUCAGAAAACUAUAUAUUUGUCAUUCUUGAGUGCAAUUAAAAUUAAAAUAAAUGCUGAAUUUGGGCCGGUUGUAAAUGCUCCCUCGCGUCCUUCGUUCCCUAAACGAGGGCUGGUGGCAUGUUUGCUUACAAACGCUUGAAUCUUAAUUCCCAUUGUGAUAAGCUCGCUAAGAUUCCUAACCUUCCUCUGUCUCCAUGUGGCACUAAUCACCUCCCAUAUUUUCCAGGAAACAGUAACAUCCAGUGGAUGCACCGACUCCAGAGGCGUGGACUCCCAGCAGCACUGUCGCCUCCAUCAGGAUAAAUAGGCUCUUUGCCUUUAACUGUACCCCCACUGUGCAGAGAAAUGUGGUGUCAGCCGCCUGUUUUUGUCGGCCCACACAAAGAUGUGCCUCGUCUCUAAUAAUAGCCAAUCUUAUUUUUACCACACCGACGCCUUAUUGCAUUAUGGAUGCCCGAGGAACGGUGUCCCUGCAAGAUAGCGUGGGAACAUCCCAGUAGAGGCUGUUCAUCCCGGGGUCUGCAUGCGCCAGCGUCCCGGCCAGCAGCUGCAAAAGAGCGUCUCGUUCCACCGUAUAGGCUCGUUACCGUGCCAUGGCCGCGUAACGGGAGUCCGGACUCGCCCGUGCAUGGGGGUGCGCUCCUCUGGCCCGCUGCUGUAGACUUUUGUCCUCUGCAUGCCGGAUUCGAGUCCGCGGGAGCGCGAUGCGGGAGUAUAAGGUGGUGGUGCUCGGAAGCGGCGGGGUGGGGAAGUCCGCCCUGACGGUCCAGUUCGUCACCGGGACGUUCAUCGAGAAGUACGACCCCACCAUCGAAGAUUUCUACAGGAAGGAGAUCGAGGUGGACUCCUCUCCGUCGGUGCUGGAGAUCCUCGACACGGCCGGCACCGAGCAGUUCGCCUCGAUGCGGGACCUGUACAUCAGGAACGGCCAGGGCUUCAUCCUGGUCUACAGUCUGGUCAACCAGCAAAGUUUUCAGGACAUCAAGCCCAUGAGGGACCAGAUCAUCAGGGUGAAAAGGUACCAGCAGGUGCCCGUGGUGCUGGUGGGUAAUAAGGUGGACCUGGAGGAGGAGAGGGAAGUGUCCCCGAGCGAGGGCCAGGCGCUGGCCGAGGAUUGGGGCUGCCCCUUCAUGGAGACGUCGGCCAAGAGCAAGACCAUGGUGGACGAGCUCUUCGCCGAGAUCGUGAGGCAGAUGGACUUCUGCCCUCUGCCGGACCGGAGAGAGGCCUGCUGCCCCGCCUGCAGCGUGCAGUAGCAGCCUGCUGGAGAGGGGGUGACGGAUGGGAGGACGGUCGGCAAUUAGAAUGCAAAUGAAUUCAUGUUAGAUAGAUUGAAGAUGGAGGGAUUUAAAGGGAAAAUCCACUCUUUCUGAAACUGUUCAAGCAGUUAAGGCCUGUGCAUUCUGGGAAAUGUAGGAAAUCCCUAACCGAUGCAGAAGUAGACAAAGAGGGUUUAGGGGGGAAAUAAAGUUCAACGUACAUCAUUCUUCGGACACAGGGUGGAUUUUUCCCUUGAAAGGAAAAAAAGGACAACACUUGACCUCCCACUUUCGUCACCGUCCUCCGGGAUAACAGGAGCAAAUGUUCAGGGUUUCCCAAAACGCAGCACGGUGCCAAAACCAUCUCAAAAGCCAUCGACAAAGAGGAUCAUAGUGCUAAACGCUUUUCGGGAAGCCAGCCAUAGUUCCAAGCAGGGAUGGCAGUUUGCUCCGCGGUUUCAUCGGUCCUCUACUCUUCUGCUUGUGUUUUUCUCUUUUUUUUUGCACUUUUGGGAAUUUUUUGUUUUGGACAGUGCAAGGCCGGUCACCAAGUAUCUGAACGGAUGUCAAGCAACACCACUGUGAUGGAGUCGUACUGGAAGUUCAAUUUCCACAGCAGGCCCGCCUAAAUACGAAUGAAUGACUAGAUGAGAGAAUGUUUAAAACAAAAAACAAAAAAAGGGAACCGCACCUUUGGGGUAAUUCAUUCAGGAGAUCCCAAACGUUGACAUGCUGUGGAUGAUGUGUGCAUGAAGUUGUACCGUCACACCGACAUUGAGUACAAUCAACUUCACCCAAAGAGACAGUAUCAACCAAUCAACUGGUGAAAACAAUGAACCGGACACUUGUCUUUACACCUUACAGAUCAUACAAAAUGCCUUGUUACAUUGUAUGGUGUCAGUGUAUAGUUCUUUUAUCUUAAAGUCACAUCUGAUAUGUUAGUGGUUCAAUGUGAGAAACACUUAUUUUCAACAAAAAAAUAAAUCUUUAUGCACAAAUGUGUCCUGCGUAUUUAUUGUUG